AUGUCGGAGCUGUACGAGCUGCAGCCCCGGGUCAGAGCUCCACCCUCUGCGAACAGCUCCGACUCCUCUCCAGGCGCUCUCACGCCCGACGAAGACGACGAAAGCUACGAGCUCAGGGAUGACAUGCCGUCGGACCUCCGCCCUGGCGAGACCCUCUCUCCCGACGAGGAGGAGCUAAACCGCCGCACCGUCCGCAAGCUCGACGUCAUCCUGCUGCCUUUUCUCGCCCUGCUCUUUCUCUUCAACUCGCUCGACAAAUCAAACAUCGGUAGCGCCGAGUCCGCCCACUUCACCACCGACGCCGGCCUCGACCGGGAGGAUGUCAACACCGCCGUUGCGCUUUUCUUUGUCUUCUUCGUUGCACUGCAGCCCGUCGGCGCCGCUCUAGGACGCAAGUAUGGCAUGAAGAGAUGGGUCCCGGCUUGCAUGGCCAUCUGGGGCCUUUGCACCACGCUCCAUGUCUGGGUGCAUGCCGCCUGGCAGCUAUACGUUCUGCGCAUUACUAUAGCUACUCUUGAAGCCGGCUUCUAUCCAAUUACCGUGUCAUACCUCUCUCUGUUCUAUACACGCUUUGAAUUUGGCAGACGCUUAGCCGUAUUCUACGGCCAAGCAGCCGUCGCGGGAGCUUUUGGCGGAAUACUUUCGUACGCCGUGUUUUCGCGUUUCCCCGGGCAAGACGGCCAUAAAAUCGAGGAUCCCACCACCCCGCCGGACCGCAGCGGUUGGCAUUCAUGGCAGAUUUUGUUUUUGAUAGAGGGAUGCACCACCAUGACUAUUGCUCUAACGGGCUUCUUCUGGCUACCGGAGCGCGCAAAGACUGCCUGGUUUUUGAAUCCUGACGAGCGCGAAUGGGGCGAGGAGCGCAUCAAACGAGAUAGGGAAGGGGAAGUUGAGAAUUACAGGCCUAAACGCUCUCCUUCUCCUUUCCGUGCUCACGAGGAGCAUGAAGACCUCGAAGCCUCACACCAAUCCACCUAUUCUACCUCCGAAGAAGCUCAAGGCCUACUGUCUGUCUCUCCUCACGGCCGGGGUUAUCCACCCCCACAGGAAAACCCGAGCAUGAACACCACGGACCACGGACUCUCGGCUCACGAUGUUCUCUCCGCGCUCUCCUCCUGGAAGGUCUACUACCUCCUCGUCUUCAACAUCCUGUCGUCCAUCCCCAGCACCGCCUUCUCCAUCUUCCUCCCCUUGGUCCUCUCCCCUCUCUCCUCCACCCCGGCGCUCGCCAACCUCCUGACCGCCCCGCCAUACAUCUGCGCCGCCGCGACCCUCUACGCCUUCACCUCGUGGUCCGACCGCAUCCGCGACCGCACCAAGCCCAUCCUCGUCAGCUUGGCCAUCGUCCUCAUCGGCUUCGCCGGCACCAUCUUCCUGCCCUCCAAAACCUCCAACGACGAUGACAACGACAACAACAAAAACACCCCCAACCACCUCGCCCUCCGCUACCUCGCCCUCUGCAUCCUCCUCUCCGGCACCUUCAUCGCCUCCCCCCUCACCGUCGCGUGGCUGACCAACAACUUCCCUGCCCCGGGCAAGCGCGCCAUCGCCCUCGGCCUCAACGGCUGGGGCAACGUCGCCGGCGUCCUCGCCUCGCUGCUGUUUUCGCCGCGCUUCGCCGCCGGUGGCUACCGCCAGAGCUUCGUCUGGACCGCUCUCGCCGUCCUGCUCGCCGCCGCCGGCUUCGCCGGUUUCCGCGCCCUCAUCGCGGCCGAGAACGAGCGCAGGAGACGCGUUUUGGCGGGUUGGACCGACGACGAGGUCGAGGCGGAGAGGAGGUGGGGGAGGGGCCCGUUGCGGGUGGAUGGGGGUGGGAGGGGCCAGUUGGUACUGGAUAGGGCUGUGGAGUGGUUGGAGGGGAAGAGGAGCGCUGGCGGUGGUGGAGGUAUGGUGGCUGGAAAGGUUGCUGGAUGGAUUGGGGAGUGGCGGGGCAGGGAAAGGGAGGGUGAUGAGAGGGUGACAUUCGUGUAUGGCUUGUAA